CAGUGAGAUAUUUUAUCGAACACUUGGAGUGCUCGAAGUGCUCUCUCUCACUCACACACGCGCGCGCAGAUACAUAUACGCACACUCUCUCUCCGAGCCAUUUCAUCGAACACGUAGCGUGCACUGGUUGGGAAAAAUUCAGAUGAUGAAGACGAGAGCUGCGUCCCUCUUCUUCGCCGAGCGAUGCCGAAAUAUUUUGGCUGCGAAUUGGCGAGCUCAUCUCAACACCAUCAAAGCCGACGCUAAGGGGAGCAAGGAUGAGAUUUACACAUCGAAGGUUCACUACGCGUUUCACAAAGGAAGGCCAUAUCUAUGGAUCGGAGAAGGGGAUUUGCAUAACAUGAAUACAAUUAUCGACGAGCGCGGUUCUCUUUCCAUUUGCACUCCGAUCCCCGGUCCGCUCAUGGGCUUACUCAAAUCCAUAAGAAAGUUGCCGGCUCGGGUUGCUCUGUCAGGUGAUGUUGUACGCUUGAAAGAUAAAAAGGUAACUCCUUACAUAAAUCUGAAGAACCUACUCUACUUAUCAAAACAGAUAUAA